GGUCGUCUGUAUUACGUUGUUUAGCUCGGUCGUUUCACUCUCAGGCCCAAAACCUGUAUUCCUCUUGGUACCAUCCAUUGGAAAUACGACGGACCCUAACGCUCAGAAGAGUGUCGACGGUCCUUGUGGAAGCGACUUCCAUUAUUUGAGGAGAGAGAAGGAGUCAGUAAAGUUCACCGCUGUGCUCUUCAUGAGCUAAAUCAUUUUGUUUUCAUUCUUCAGAGUGCUGGUUCAUUCGUGAAGGAUUGAAUUCAUCUUAUUUUUCUACUCAAUUUUCAUCUUUUGUAUUUUGUGAGAAUAUAUCUGAAGGUCGAGCGCUGGAUCGCCCCCAAAGCAACUGAUCAACAUGAAUGCAUAUAUUUUACUAAGCUUAGCAACUUUGACGUUGUUGUACCAAGAAUGUUUAGGUGCAAACUGGCAUUAUCACCAGCACGGACCAUUGGGACCGGAAAACUGGCCGACCAUCCCUGGAUCACAUUGCGGCGGUAGGAAACAGUCGCCCAUCAAUAUCGAAUCCCGUUCUGUCAUCCAGGCUGACCUGGGUGAAUUCGUCUUCGAAGGUCUUCAAACAACCUACGGUACACAGGUUGGCGCUGGGGGAAACCAAGCUGGACAGGGUGGUGGACAAGGUGGACAAGGUGGCAGUGGAUUCAACUGGGGUGGCGCAGGCGCAGGCGGAGGUGGAGGCGGCGUCGGUGGUGUCGGCGGCGGUGGUGGUUGGAACUGGAACAGUUGGUGGAACGGCAACGGAUGGGGAGGCAACAACGGAGGUGGACAAAACGCCGUUGGAAACCAACAUCCGCAAUGGAGUAAUCCUUUCGGCAACCUUCAGAUGGGACCCAAACCAACAGUAAAUCCAUACCAACCUUUUGGCAUGAACGGACCCGAAAGAAUGUUCACAACAGACAACAAUCAGAAUGCAUACGCUCCUAGGGCUCUGCACGGUUACAACUCAGCUCCAACGACAAAAGUAGAGGUUUCAAACGACGGUCAUACACUUAAAGUCAGUACGGAAGGCAUGUACGUGCUGAAAGGAGGUGGACUGCCUUUUGAUGCCAAGCCAGCUCAACUUCAUUUUCACUGGGGAACCACACCGGAAAGAGGUUCAGAACAUACCAUCGAUGGAAGACCCUUCUCUGCUGAGCUUCAUCUUGUUCACUACAACGCUAAAUACAGGACCAUUGCAGAAGCAGUCAAACAACCCGAUGGUUUAGCUGUUCUCGGGUUCUUCAUCCAGGACAGUGGUAGUUAUGAAAAUCCUGCCUUUGAUCCUCUUCUUGAUAUCACAGAAAAUGUUAAGUUCAAAGACACCAAGGUAGAAUACUACGCACAUCUUCCCCUCCGUGAUAUGUUGCCAACUGACCUGAGCUGUUUCUACAGGUACAACGGUUCCCUGACAGUACCCAAAUGCUGGGAGAGUGUCACUUGGUCUGUCGGUUGCGGUGUUAUCCAUCUUUCACAUAACCAGCUUGACAUGUUCCGUGAGCUUUACCAGGGAUUCUUCAUGGAACCCAACGGCCAACUGGAGAUGCUCCACAUCGAGGACAACUUCCGACCGGUACAGCCGCUCUUUGACCGACAAGUAAUUAGGAGUGGCUUCCCCAGUCGAGCCGGAAUGGGCUACAGCGCAAAUAAUUCUGCAAAUCUCAUCUCUGUAAAUCUAUUUCUCCUGCUGUCUGCAAUCAUGGCUUUUGUCUGCCGUUCGCUUUAGGAAUACUUUAAGUAUCAGCCCCGUCUUUCUUCAGUCCCAAGUCUAUUAAAACUUUAUUUUUGUAUUCUUCUAGAACUCAUGCAAGAUUGGUUCUGCUUCUUUCCUGCUUUCUCGUAUAAGUCCUCAUGGGGGAGAUUCACGGGGAGACUGUGUGCAAAAAGUAUGUAAUAAUGUGCAAUAAUUGAUUUAUUUUGGCAUCUAUGGCUUUCGACCAAAUCUAAUGUUAUCCUGUGUAUAGUGUCUCUGGUUAUUGUACGGUAGAACGCUUCAGUUCAUGCGGUUAGAAAUGGUCUUCCAUGCAAAGAAAGAUAAAAGGCACUAUGUCGAUGGUAUAGGUUAUCAGCGUUUUUUAUUUUAGUGGCAUGAUGUGUAUAUAAUAAUCAUUUCUAUCUAUAUAUAUUGUUUUUAAUUGAGAUGUACAAUCAUUUAAUGGAUCUCGUCAAUUUAUUUAUUAGGUUUGAUUUCUAUAUCACAACUAUAAGACCUUGGUUUGAAGGCCUUCCCUUCACUGCUUCACUGUAAGAAUGCAUGUUAAAUGCAGGCAGAUUCCAAAAUCGGUAUCGAAUUUAACAUUUUGACAAACUACACAAGGUUUGAUAUUAAUCCGGAUCAGGACAACAUCUAAUAGUUCUCAAGAUAGUAGAGAAAAAUAGUUUUAAAAUGAAUAUGAUACUGAUAUUAUUUCAGCUUAAUAUCACAUGGCGCAUUGUUUUCUGUAUCUGUUAGAAUGUUUACAUGUGUGAUUACUGCAGAUGGCUCAUGGCACCAACAGGUACUUUAGAAGUAGAUGUUUUAUGGUGAGAAGACACUCGUUUUCUCAUAUUAAUGAACGAAUAUUUCUGUAAUUUUCGGUUGAAUAUGUUAUUGAUGUUUUGCGCAGAUAAAUCGAAAUCUAUUUUGAUUAAGUUUGCAUGGCUUUUAAUAGGCCUGGUCUAUAAUUUUUAAGUGACGGAAACUCAACUAUAAUUUAUGAACUUUCCUGAAAAAAUAAUGUUUGACAAAACUUAGGACAAUAAUGUCCACAACUGCUGACGUAAUUCUAAUUAGUAGAUCGAUCACUAAAUCAUAAAUUAUAAUGCUUAAUCAAACAGUGACGUAAACAGUCUCCGAUAAAAGAUGAUGUCAUGACAACCGAGAUGACGUCAUCAAGUACUAUACAACCUUGAUCUAAUCAAAUACAUUUCGGAGUGCCUUUAUUUCUGCAAGAAUAGUGUUUUAACUUUCAUAUUAAAAAAAAUUGUCUUCUCUCGCUUUCAAAACCUGUGACAAUGUGUGUUGAAUAUCUGAAACCGUUGAUGAUUAUGUUUAUCGCGCAAAGUAGGCCUCAUGCAAACAUGAUGAUUGAGAAUGUGAACAUAGCUACAUAACGUUCCAAUAAAAUAUUUAACAACCAACAGAAAUGAAA